CGUGGCGUCUUCUCCCCUGGCUUGCCUGCUUACUUGCUUUGCUUCUCUCUCUCUCUCUCUUUGCAAUUCCCCUUAACAAUUAUUGCCUGCAGAUUUUCGGCAAAUCCUUGCGGUUGCUUACGAUUUUCGUUUUCCAUCUCUUACCCUGGUGUUUCGUAGCGCGCUCGGUUAGAUGCUCUGCCGUAGUUUCGUACCGCACUGUAAGCUUAGACGGAGGUUCACCUUCGCCAUUUGAUCAUCUAUCUACCUAUAUAUAUUUAUUCAUGUGUCAGCUUCUUCUUCUUCUUCUUCUUCUUUUUCUCUUGUUUUUUCAAUUCUUUUCUCGGGUUUGACGAAUUUCGAGUGCCGGUAGAAAAUCAUCCGUGGAGGCGGUUUGCACCGCCGGAAGGAUCGUGAGAGUGAGCAUGCGUCGAGGAUCUCGGACCAGUUGAGGCUGUCAAUGUUGGGAUUAGUGUUCGGCAUGCAGUGGUGGCCGACAGGUUGAAUUAUAAGACUUAGGAACUUCAUCACGCAAGAUUGCACUGCCGACUUCGGCCCACGCCCAUCCAUAUAUGAUAAAUCGCAGUGUGACUGUUCCAUCGCCUUGUUAUUUGGACUGGCACAAGUUACGAAUUGUGGUCUACAGUUAACUCAUGAUAUGUGUAUUCCAACAUUGCUUCUGAGAGCGACAAGUUCUUGUCUGAAGUAAUACAAGUGUAGGGGCAGAUAUGGUGAAAAGUAAGGAGCAGAGGAAGGCAAGGAGAGAGGAGAGAGCUUGGAAUACUUGGUUGUGGGGGGCAAAAGGGAAUGCAGUCUGGGAUGAGAGUGGUCGCACGGCAUUGCGAAUUGAUCUAGCCCUUCGUCAAAAUGCAAGAGCAGCUGCGGCUGAUGUCAGUCAGGUAGAAAGCGAACAGUUUGCGUGGCAGGCAGGACGGUGGGGUAACCAAUCCUCUUCACCUCAAGGAGAUGAUGAGUUGUUAAAGGCUGCUCUUGCGUCUCUUGGAAGCUGCUCACUGAAUGAAAUACGUGAAACGGUGAAAAGCUCCACAUCAGAGUCUGAUUCCAAAAGCCAGAGUUCGGGAGAUGAGGCAGAUAUUAGAGCUUCCUCAAAGACAGGGUGUGCGCCUGGAAUAUCUGGCAGUUGGUAUGGAAAUUUUGUAUGCAGGAACACUGUCGAAUGCAACAAAUGUGGAUGCAAAAGUAGUUCAACUGACGGCAUUGCCCAAAACCAUCAGCAAGUUUCCCACUGUCAAUGUGGACCCACCGCGCAAACGCACCGACAAGAAUAUCAGGAUGACAUAUUAGACCUUACGAGAGGGUUUACUGCACGAAGGAAAUGGCCAACGUAUUCAUUUGGAGCAGAAAGGCCCAUCCACUGCAGUUGUUUGUGGAAUUUGGAGAAGUCUUGUGAAUUUGUGGACGAUGCUCGGAGGAAGCGGUUUGGGAAUUUAUCCCCUAUUGAUAGAGUUUCUGAUGAUGUCAUAAUGCGCAUAUUUGCAAAGCUGUCAAGGCGGGAGGUUAUUGGCAUUUCAGCAGUUUGCCGAAGAUGGAGGGAUGUUGCCAGCUGUGAACCUCUAUGGAAACAUGUUGAGUUGGUAUCAGUGGCGGAAUCGCUUGGUGACAGAGAGCUUGGUCUUCUUGCAGAGAAGCGCCUCAAGCAUACCGCUGUGUUGUCCAUAGCUCUCUGCUGGCGUAUAUCCAGCAAGUGUCUAGGAUCUCUCAUGAAGUCUGACUGCGGAAAACAGCUCCUCUGUUUGGAUCUCUCGUUCUGUAACCUGGACGACUCUGUGGUGAACAGGGUUGUUGAAAAUUGUUCUUCACUUCAAAGACUUCGAUUGUUUGGAGGCCUUCAUACAGUCAGCGGGCAAGCUCUGGCAGGUCUUGCCAACUUGUCCCAGUUGCGAGAACUGGACCUUGGUCUUUGUGUCAAUGUGUCCCAACACACCUUGAAGGAGAUUGGGAGUAAGUUGAAGCUUCUAGUCAUUUUGUCCCUCGCGGGCUGCCCAAGAGUUACUAUGGCUAAUCUUCUCUACUUAUGUGGUUGUGUUUCCUUGGAGGCUUUAUGUCUGGUAGGUUGCAAGGCUGUUUACCCAAAUCAAGCUAGUGUGAUUGCCCAAGAGCUCAUCACUGGAGGAUGUUCACGGCUGGCUAUGGUUGAAGCUGGAAAUCAACUUCCAAAUGCCGCCCCUUUUCCAGCACGCCCGCCACCUCCACCUCCUUUAUUGUACCCUGCACAUGGUGUUGCCUUCAAGGAAUCUGGGUCUCCCACUGAUUCGCCCACCACUUCUCAUAUGAGUCGCAAAUUUGGGAAACAAGCGGAUAAAUGUGGUGAUAGCAAUGCCUCAGAUGAAUCUGACCAGCAGCUGACGGAUAGAGUUCAAAACAAGGAUGUUAGGCUUGGUAUGCGUACGGAGACAGAGAUGGUUCCACCUGUCGGGAGGUUGGAAGGAGACACCCAGGCUGCAUACGCUGCAGCAACUCAUCAGUUCCAGCAAGGCCAAAUGGAGCUUUCAGGUGGAAACAUGGGUGCUGCUACACAUGCAUUUCGAGCCGCUUGCCACUUCAAUCCAAGUGCAGCAGCGUACACGUUUAUGGCAUGGAUGCAACGACUUGCCGGUGCAGAUCGAAGUGAGUGUGUUCGUGAAUGUGCUCGCGCUAUCUUUCUCGACAAUGAUUAUGGAAAUCCUUGGAACGAUGUGGCCUGCGAGUUGUGGGACGCUGGUGACAUUAGUCUUGCUGCCCGCUUUUUUCAGAGGGCUAAGGCAUGUUCCCGAUAUGAAGUUGGAGCUGGUCACUUACCUUACCUGAAUCUGGCAAAACUGCGCUUGAGUGAAAGCCCAAAUGCGUUGGAUGGUGAUGGUUUGGAUUCAGAUAAAACCGUGCAUGACACACCUUCGAAAGAAGCUUUACUUGAACUUUGCGCAGCUCUUAUACGAGCUCCUGGAGAUGAAGUGGUUCAGCAAAUGGUGUUUCACAUGCUCGAUAGUCUGAAGGAGUGUGAUAAAUCGUUCACAACAGUAAGAUAACAGCUUCACUGAUGAGUUUUUAUUCAGAUAGGUGUCACUGAGGUCCUAGUGCACAAUUAUCUUGUCAAAAAACCUGGCAGUCAUUCAAUGAAUGUCACGAUGUACACAUAGAAUGGAACAGUAGAUUGGGCAAACCUCAUGUUAAGCACAAUCAUCUUGAUGCUGUCUUUCAAGUAACAUUAACUUGGCCAUAGCGUACAUUCUUUUUCCUAUUUUACUUCGCCUCACAAGUAAAGUUUGGAAACAUUGCUUAUACGAUGGGUAACAGAAAUCUUACUGUAUACUCUUAUAUCUGAAGAUCGAUGUUGGAUUUGGGGAAUUAGUGGCUGUUCCUUUGCCCAAUUUCUUCUCAGAAGAUGAAAAUUUACACAAACUAUUUUGUGUUACUUACCAUCAUA